AUGAAUUCGCGGCUUUUGCUUUUUGUUUUCACCGCGAUCGCAAGUACGGAAAUCAAGGAAGAGGUGAAAGAGCUGCUCAAAGAUAGUACCGUUGUAAAUACACUUGUUGACAUCCUCGAUUACAAAUUGAACAAGAAAACAGAAGAGCUUCAGAAGAAAACUGCCGUAGAGAAAGCUAUCGGGCAGAAAAUUGUUGGGAACGAAUGGAAAGAAGUCAACGCGGAUUCUGAUGAAAGCUGUGCAACUAUCUGUACGUUUUAUGAAAAAUGUGUUGGGUACAAUUAUCUCAAUGCGGACAAGCUGUGUUCGCUUUUUGAUUCGGUCGAAAAACUACAGCCUGAAGAAACAGUAAUAUGCGGCCAGAUUCGAAGAUCGUUUGUUCUUGCGAGAAUUCCUGCGAGUCCAAAUGAUACAGCUCCUCCUUCAGCAGCGGACGCGUAUGAUUUGAAAAUGGUUAAAAGUGCAGUUGCGAAACACAUUCAUGUUUGCCAGAAAAAGUUCGAAUUUCUUACGAAAAAAUUGAAAGUGACUAGAGAUAGCCUUGGUGGAAAAAUUCGAUCGCUUGAAAUUGAUACUUCGAAGGCAAAGUGCUUGAAGGGAGGAAGACCGUCCGCCUGCGAUAAUUUUGCGAAAAGGAUUGAGGAAAGGAACAACGAUAUUUACAACGCAGUUCUGACAUACGUGGAGGAACAAAAUGCGAUCAAGCAGCUUCAGGAAGGAAUGGACACUCGUCUCACGGAAAUGGGUCAUUUUCUUGCUACCUAUCAACCAGUUACUGUCGCAGAGCCUGCCCAGGACCUAAUCGGAUCAGUCCUCAUGCAGACGAAGGAAAUGCAAAACAACGUCAGAAUCGAGCUAGAGUCAAAAAUCGAGCGCAACGAUGCUGAAAUGCGCCGGAAUCAAGGAGCUAUUCGUAAUUUACGCGCGAAAAUUGACAAUCUUCCGCUCGUAGCGGAUCAGCCUUCGGAAAUUGUCAUGAACGAAUUGGACAAAACUCUUGAAAGACUCAACGAAACGAUAAUCUCUUGCCAAGCUUCUGUCGAUUCGAUAAAAUCAGAAUUCAAUUCGACAAAAAUCAACGAAGAUAUCUCCGCCGCCCAUAAACUAGCGCAGGGAGCAUGGAACCGCGCUAGAAAAGUGGAUAACUUCUCCAAACGACUCAAUGCCACGAUAUUUUCGAUGCAAGAGAUGGAUUUCAGAAGUCAAACGCCGGAUAAUCAAGCGCCAGUUCGACGUGACAUUUCAAAUUUGAGAAUCGAAGAAAUGACGGAGGAAAUAGAAGGGAUCAUUGAUCGACUGACCAGGCUCGAAGGCGAUUUGGCGGAGACGAAUUCCUUCGUCUACGAUGUUCUUCUGGACGAUCUGAAUAAGAAAGUGGACGAGCUGGAAAAAGCGACGGGAGGAAGAGUUAACGAGUUGGACACACAGGUCACUGAAUUCGUCAAUAGAUCGAGUCGAGACAUGAUGAAGCUUCACGCUUACAUGAAGAAGACUGCGGAAUCACUGGAAGGAAAAGUCAUCUUUUCCAAGAAAACUUUUGAUAAAUCAAUGAAAGAUCUUAUAUCAGCCGCAAAGGCAAACAAAGAACACUUCAGAAGACUGGAAGAAAAAGUCAACAGCCAUGAAAGCAGUGAACACGUGAUUCAAAUUGUCGCUAAAGACCUGACUGAUUGA